AUGCAAGCCAACUGGACACACUCUCAACUCCUCCAGGCAGUGGUUUACUUCACUGAGAGUCUGAAGAGCUCCAACACACAGGUCCAGCAGUUCUCCUGUCUGGCUCUUAAAUGCCUCAAGGCAUCAGAGAGUGUGGACUACAUUGCAGAACUGUGGCGGUCAGCCAAUGAAGACGUACGCGGUGCAGCCCGGGAGACAGUCCUGUCUUUUGGUAAAAAGGGCCAUACUGCGUUUCAGAGGAUGGACCAGAUCGACUGUGAGCUGCAGGAGGAGGCCUACAGGAACCUGGAGACAGAGAUCACCAUAUUGUAG